AUGGCCUCAAAGAAGUCCGCAAAAAUUUGCGGACAUCCGCAAAAUUUUUGCGGACAUUUUUUGCGAACCUUGCCCAAGCGAUACAUACACUCUAUUUUGCCUGUAUCCGUUAAAAAAUUCUUUCUUUCUUCAGAGGAUGUAAAACUACUUCGUUCAGAAUUAAACAAUUUGAGAAAACAGAAUACAGCUUUAAACAAAGGAAUAAAAAAUUUGGAGGCAGAAAUUGGUGAAAGUGCUUUUAAACGUUUAGUUGAACAAGUAGCCUCACCAGAGUCUUCAUUAGUGGAGGCAGAGGAAUAUUCUUCUUGUACUGAGGGUAAGUAGAAUUAUAAAUAAAUGGCACUGAGGAAAUUCUUUGCGGACUUUUUUGGAGGGACAUUUUUGGGGAUACUUUUUGGGGGACUUUUCUGCGGACAUUUAUUGCG